AUGUAUAAUCUCACAGGUUUCAUAAGCAUUGACUGUGGAAUCCCAAGUGGAUCAUCCUACACAGACGACACAACAGGGAUAAACUACGUUUCAGACUCAUCUUUUGUUGAAACAGGAGUCUCUAAACAGCUCUCCUUCUCUGCUCAAAGACAGCUUCAGAACCUUAGGAGCUUUCCUGAAGGUUCAAGAAACUGUUACACUCUGAUUCCAAAACAGGGGAAAGGUAACAAGUACCUAAUAAGAGCCAGUUUCAUGUACGGUAACUACGACGGUGAAGUCAGCUCACCCGAGUUUGAUCUGUUUCUUGGAGGCAAUCUCUGGACAACUGUUUCGUUAAACAACACACCCCUCGCUGUGAAUAAAGAAGUUGUUUACUUGAGCCAGUCUGAGAGAAUCUUUGUCUGCUUGGGAAACAAAGGCGAAGGAACUCCUUUUAUCUCGACUUUAGAGCUGAGGUUUCUAGGAAACGAUAAUACAACAUACGACUCUCCAAACGGUGCUCUGUUCUUCUCCAGACGCUGGAACUUUGGUUCUCUAACGGAUUCACCUAUCAGAUAUAGUGAAGAUAUAUAUGACCGAAUCUGGCUUCCCCGCAAACUAGGGGUCGAAAACAGAGAGAUCAACACAUCACUUCCAGUUACCUCAAGUAACAACAGUUACAACCCUCCAAGUUUGCUGAUGAGCACAGCACUGACUCCAACAAACACAACAGCACCAAUCUCAAUGGAGUUGGCAGACACUGAUCCAACUGUCAGGUACUUUGUCUACAUGCACUUCGCUGAGGUCGAAGAUCUCAGUCUCACACCAAACCAGACCAGAGAGUUUGAAAUCUACAUCAACCAAGUAAAAAUUGCUACCUUCAGUCCUAGAUAUCUUCAAACAGAUACUUUCUUCCUCAAGCCUGAGAGCCAAACCAAUAUCAAGUUCUUGCUCGUGAGAACACCAAAGUCUACGCUUCCACCGAUCAUUAACGCUCUAGAGAUCUACGUUGGGAAUACUUACGCGCAGUCUUUUACUAGCCAAGAGGAUGAUGACGCGGUUACGAGUAUAAAGAUGAGUUAUAAAGUGAAGAGAAACUGGCAAGGAGAUCCUUGUUUGCCUCAUAGCUACAUUUGGGAGGGUCUUAAUUGUAGCUAUGCUAGUGAUGCUCCUCCUAGAGUCACAUUACUGAACUUGUCUUCUAGUGGGUUAACAGGUCGCUUAUCUCCCUCCUUCUCUAACCUCACAAUGAUUCAAGAGCUAGACUUAUCAAACAAUGACUUAACCGGAAACAUUCCAGAGUCUCUGUCAAGACUGAAGUUUUUGAGGGUUUUAAAUCUAGAGAAGAACAAGCUUACAGGUUCUGUUCCAUCUGAGUUAUUAGAAAGAUCAAAGAGUGGAUCACUCUUGCUAAAAGUAGAAGACAAUCCAGGACUCUGUACAGAGAUUUCUUGCAGUAAAAGCAACAAGAAAACACUCAUGACAGCGCUCGGCGCAUCAUUGGCAUCAUUUUUCAUUUUCCUGUUAUGGUCUUGUGUGUUUUUUAAGAUCAUGAGCAGAAGUACCAAGUCAGUGAACUCUGCAGUGGAAGAAGAUGCCAACGAAACAAGAAACCAUCCAAAGGCAGAUUCGAACACAUUACUUUUUACCUUCACAGACAUAGUCAAGAUGACAAAUAACUUUGGUCGUGUCCUUGGUAAAGGAGGCUUCGGAACAGUGUACUAUGGCUACUACAACAACCUCGAAGUCGCAGUUAAACUUUUAUCAGAAACAUCAGCUCAAGGAUUCAAAGAGUUUCGCUCUGAAGUUGAAGUUCUUGUGAGAGUUCACCACGUAAACCUCACUGCACUAAUAGGCUACUUCCAUGAAUCUAAUCAAAUGGGAUUGGUCUAUGAGUUCAUGGCUAAUGGCAACAUGGCGGAUCAUCUGUCAGGGAAGUAUGACCAUACCUUGAGCUGGACACAAAGACUUCAGGUUGCACUUGAUGCAGCACAAGGGCUAGAGUAUCUUCACACUGGAUGCAAACCUGCGAUAGUUCACAGAGACGUGAAGACAUCAAACAUAUUGUUAAACGAGAAAAACAGAGCAAAACUUGCUGAUUUUGGACUCUCUAGGAGUUUUCAGACAGAGAGCCGCUCUCAUGUUUCCACUCUUGUCGCUGGAACUCCUGGUUAUCUCGAUCCACUAUGCUUUAAAACAAAUGAGUUAAACGAGAAGAGUGACGUCUACAGUUUUGGAGUUGUUUUGUUAGAGAUGAUUAGUGGCAAAGCUGUGAUCAGUGAGUCAGAGAUGAAGCGUGUGCAUGUGAGUGAUUGGGUGAUAUCUAUCUUGAAGUCUACUAAUGAUGUGAGCAACGUUGUAGAUUCUAAAAUGGGGAGAGAUUUUGAUGCGAACUCUGUUUGGAAAAUAGUGGAGAUUGCUUUGGCUUCUGUUUCUCAAAACGUUGCUGAGAGGCCAAACAUGCAACAGAUUGUUAGAGGACUCAAGGAGUGUCUUCAAAGAGAAGAGAAGUAACAAG